AUGGCGAUCAAGCACAACCAGACGAUUCCCAACACCCACUUCCGCAAGCAGUGGCAGCGGCGUGUGCGGUGCCACUUCGACCAGCCCGGCAAGAAGGUCACCCGCCGUUUGGCGCGCCGCUCAAAGGCCGCCGCGGUCGCUCCCCGCCCGGUUGACAAGCUCCGCCCGGUCGUCCGAUGCCCCACCAUCAAGUACAACCGCCGGACACGCCUCGGCCGUGGCUUCACGCUGGCUGAGAUCAAGGCUGCCGGCAUCCCCAAGCACUAUGCCCGCACCAUCGGUAUCUCGGUCGAUGCGCGCCGCCAGAACCUCUCGGAGGAGAGUCUUGCCAUCAACGUUGAGCGCCUGAAGGAGUACAAGGCCCGCCUCAUCGUCUUCCCCCGCAAGUCCAACAAGCCCAAGAAGGCCGAUACCCCCAAGGACCAGCAGACCGCCGAGACCACACAGCACAUCCGCGCCUCGUUCGGCGUCGAGCAGCCGAUCGCCGCCGGCAUCACCGAGAUCUCCAAGGGCGACCUGCCCCAGAACGUCGAGGGCGGUGCCUACAGGGCCCUCCGGAACGCGAGGUCGACCGCCCGCCUGGUCGGUGUCCGCGAGAAGCGGGCGAAGGACAAGGCCGAGGAGGAGAAGGCCAAGAAAUAG